CUUAGGGSGAAAGAGGUAAACCGUGGCCUAAGUUAAUGGCCACUCUGUUUUUAAAAGUGACGGUUAAAGGUGUUUCGCUGUGACCCGGAAGGACCCGGCGGAGGCGGGGAAAAUUUAAAUUGUGCUAAAAACGUUAAAAAUAAAAAAUAGAAACAAGGAUCCUGGUUCAGAACAAUGGCAAAAAAAAAGAACCCUGUGAUAAUUAACUAGUUCAGUAGAUGGAAAACUGCUUCUUUUGGUGAGAAGAGAUGACGUGAAGAAAUAAUAUGCUGCAGUCUGCUCUGUUAACUUCAUGAGAAAAGAGUUUAAGAGGAAGCUUUUAAGGAGAAAUACUGUUUUUCCAGACUGAGCUGACAGCUUCCCAAGAAAACAUAAAAAUGUCUCCAGAAUCAAAGAAACUUUUCAACAUACUUAUUUUGGGAGUCUCAUUUAUGUUUAUAUUUACUGCUUUCCAAACAUGUGGAAAUAUUGCGCAAACAGUUAUCACAAAUUUAAACAACACAGAGUUCCAUGGCAGUGGCUAUACAAGCAUGUCCAUUAUUUAUGGAGUUUUCUCUGCAUCAAAUCUUAUUUCACCGUCAGUAGUUGCGAUAGUAGGACCUCAGCUCUCCAUGGUGAUUAGUGGUGUAUUUUAUAGCUUAUACAUUGCAGUCUUUAUCCAGCCUUCUACAUGGGCUUUCUACACUGUUUCGGUGUUUAUUGGCAUUGCAGCUGCUGUACUGUGGACAGCACAGGGAAAUUGUUUGACUGUAAAUUCUGAUGAAAACUCCAUAGGAAGGAACAGUGGAAUAUUUUGGGCGCUCUUACAGUCUAGCCUGUUUUUUGGAAACCUUUAUAUAUACUUUGCUUGGCAAGGAAAAACUCACAUAUCAGAGAGUGAUCGUAGAACCGUUUUCAUUGCACUGACCGUUAUCAGUCUUGUAGGCACAGUUCUGUUCUUUCUGAUUAGAAAACAAGAGGACACAAAAACACCAGAGGAGGAAGAUUCUACUAAUGAACUCCARGGGGACAGCUCGUCUUUCCAAAGCAAAAUGGCAAGAGCGGUGGCUGCCUUUAAGAAAUCUAUAAAGCUGAGCUUUACCAAAGAGAUUCUGCUUCUCAGCGUUACAACUGCCUAUACAGGUUUGGAAUUAACUUUCUUUACUGGAGUAUAUGGAACAUGCAUUGGUGCUGUGAAUAGAUUUGGCAAUGAAGGGAAGAGCCUUAUUGGUCUCUCUGGUAUUUUUAUUGGUGUUGGAGAAGUCUUAGGUGGAGGAAUCUUUGGUUUAGUGAGCAAGAAGAAUCAUUUUGGUAGGAACCCCGUUGUGAUGCUAGGCAUCAUUGUGCAUUUCAUAGCUUUCUAUUUAAUUUUUUUCAACAUACCAAAUGAUGCUCCUAUUGCUCCUAUGGAAGGAACAGAUUAUGUUGCUUAUAUGAUUCCAAGCAAGGAGGUGGCUAUUUUGUGCAGCUUUCUGUUGGGCUUGGGAGACAGCUGCUUUAACACACAACUCCUCAGUAUUUUGGGAUUCCUUUAUUCAGAAGAUAGCGCUCCUGCCUUUGCCAUCUUUAAAUUUGUUCAGUCCAUCUGUGCUGCAGUCGCAUAUUUCUACAGCAACUACUUCCUCCUGCAGUGGCAGCUCCUGAUCAUGGUGGUUGUUGGGUUCUUUGGGACCGUUACCUUCUUUGUGGUGGAGUGGGAAGCAGCAGCCUUCGUUGCCCGGGGCUCUGACUACAGCAGCAUUUGAUGCCGUGACUAGCCCAGUGCAAGGGAAAAUACAGGCACAUUUACUGUGAACUGAUGUGAGAAGGUGAAAAGAUGGAGUUGCUGAGGCUGAGAUGAAGGAAUCCACUGCUAAAUCACUGUCAGUGUAGCUGAUGUGAUAUCUAACUGUGAUAACGAACCCUGGAGAAAAAUGCCAAAAAUGUAAAGGUUUUUUCUUUUUUUCUUCUUUAAUCCACUGAGUAUGAGGUGCAGGUUCUCAAAAAUCAGAUAUUAGAAAUGGGAGGCAAUAGUGAUCAGUGCGUUGAAGAGCUUUGUUCUGAGACAUCCCUUUCUGAAUAACUACCUAAUAUCACUCUGUCUUGCACUACAGAAAUUACAGUUUUGUUUCAUCUAAAUUAUUUUAUCUGAGUUUUAGGUCUACAGAUACUUAAAUUCUUGUAUGGAAUGCGUGAUAUUUUAAGGUAUGUUUUGUUUUGUGUGUCUACUUGACUGGCGAUUCAUGCUACCGACUUUUUCAACAAUUAGAUGCACCAGAAUAUUUCUGUUGAAAAUAAUGUUGCCUUAUUUGGUAUUGUUACCCGGUUCCUUGAUUUCCAAACRCUUAUUUGUUGUUAAUCUAUUUCAUAAUUUUAAAUUUUAUCAGAUGCAUUUUUUAAAAGAGUUUUCUGUAGUGUGAUGUAAUAGAUUUUUACUGGAAUUUAAGUAAAUACCCCCCCCCUGUCCUUUUUAAGGACAUAAUCCUCAUAUCUGUGGAGCAUUGACAGUCGACAAGGAUAUGUAUCUUUUGGAGUAGCAUUCACCAUUUUUCAAAAUUGAGCUGUGUUGGGAUGGAUGCUUUAUCUUUCUUUGUGUAGUACUAUAUAAAGGACCGUGAGACAUGGUUUCCCUCCUGAAAGCACUUAUGCUUACAGAGAAUUCCGAGUUCACUGAAAUUCUCAUCUGCUUUUAUAGUUUAAUGGCAGAGUGAUGACAACUUCUGUUAGAUUUACUUGUUAUUGAAAUUAUUCUGUGAUGGGAACGUUUUCUACAAUACCUUCCUAUCCUAUGAAUAAGAAUAUGAUCUGGGAGAAUAAUCUUGCAGUAUUUAUCCUACUGCAUAGUCCAAAAAUACCUGAAAAGGUUGACAUAGGUUGUUUUUUCCUGUAUGUUUUGGGAAAAUGUGCUGUAAGCUUAUUCUGACAAAUGCAAAAACAAGGCUAAUGCCAUAGCAACUAAGGCUUUAAAUCCAAACUGUUACAGAUGAUCAUAACAUAGGCAACAAAUGCAGCCCACCUUGGCUUCUAUUUAUCUGCUUCAAUUUUUAGUAGUUGCACUUAACGUUUCUGUCGUGUUGACAAACAAGAUGCAACUGAGUGCGGAUACAGCACAGUGAGAAAGAUUUUUAUUUAUUUCAAGACRCGCCACGUGGCUGUUAGACAAGUACUGUCUGUCAGCCUCCUUAGGCACACGCAAAAUGUUCAUGUCUUCUUUUUUCAAAGACAGGUCAGAGARUCAAUUCCGAGAACAUGCUGGUAGCUGCUGCAUGUCACAACUACAYGGAUGUAGCAAAGGUUAAACUUGAAGAGGGCCUACGGGAUCUCCUGUGGCUUCUGCUGUCAGCUUUGCUCUCGCAGGGCAAGUAAYGCAGCUCUCUUGAGGCAAGUCCCUCUCUGUGCACAAUAAAACAGCAGUGGAGCAUUGUUUGGAGGCAGAUAAAAAUGAGUUUUGAAUUCACGCCAGGUUUUUGCUGUGAGGCCAGUGUGGGAUUAAUUGGAAGAUGAGAGGGUAUCCGAACAGUUGGCAAGUAAAGAAAUUAGUGGAGUCGGGAAAGCCUCUCUGUAUUCCAGGUGAUUAAAUAAGUGUGAUGGAGAAGGAGAGUGAGUUGGAGAAAGAGGCAAAAGAGCAGAGUUGCUGUAACCAUUGUAACUUGCCAGCAAAGUGAAAAAGCAGUGGUUAUGGAAUUCAGUCGAUACAUGUGGUUAAUGUGACUGGCUGCAUUUUAAUAUCUCUUAAACAGUUUCUGUCUUGUAAUUUGAAAUAUACUAUUUUUAUGCAUUGUAUGCUGCAAAAGGUAUAGAUGACAAUAUGCUUUCAGUGAUUAAAUUUCUCUUGUUGGAUACUUAGAAGUGCUUUCUGUAAAGUACCAAAAGGGAUAAAGAGCUUUUCUUAGGGAAUUACUGACUUCAGUCCUCAAAAUAUCUGUGGGAUCUGCUCUCCUCUACAUAUCAAUGAGAGAAGACAGACUGCAAGUCCACAAGGGACAAUUUUGACUUGCAGUAUGUGGAAGACAAAAUGAUUCUCAGGUCUUAGGGCAAUAAGCAAGUUACAGGUGCAUUUAAUAUAGURCAGUUGAAUUUUAACGAGGCAAUGGUUUUCAUGAGGUUGCUUUUAAAACUGAUCCCUUUUGAUGAACUUCUGCGUUGUUCAUCUGGGAUAUGAGAAUUAUAGAGACUAUUUUAAUAAAAGCUUUAAAAAAAAUCUUCUCCAUGUGCUUUCAGCAAGGCUUUUGAACUGACUUUCAGGGGUGCUAAUGAAGUAGGGCUUGUGCAUGUGCAGCACCUCUGAGUCAGAUGUUUUGCUUUUAUUUUCUUUUUUUUUCUCCUUCUCCCCUCUCUGUUCUGCUUGGUCUGACUCAGUAUCAGACAGUGAAAAAGGCCGUUCAUAACUAUUUAUUGGGUCAUUAAAGAGAAAUGUUCCUGCUUUGUGACAGGUUUUACAAGAAAUUCACAUUUUCUUCAAAUGUGCAUCAUGGAUGGCCAUUUUUWAAAAACUAUUAACUGUAUGACUAUUAUUUCUAACAUUGGAUCUUUAGAAACAUAGAAAAUCUCAAUUAUUCAAGCAUUCUAUGACAUGUGAUUACUUUUAGCUUGGUCGUAUUUGGUACAUAAGGAGAUGAAAAAUGGAUCCAGCUGCAGACAGCAGCCCCAGC